AUGCCAGCAGGUGUAACGCUCUCACUGAUCUCCUACAUCGGCACCGCGAUCGCCUUUGUCUUUGCAACACUUUCCCUCGCAUGUGGUCUCUAUUAUCUGGCGGAACUGGUGGAGGAAUACACCGUGUUGACAAAGAAGAUCAUCAAAGGCUUGACACUGGGUGUCGUGGGGCUGCACCUGAUGCUGUGGAUAGUGGACGGACUCCCGUUCACAAAGAUAUUGUUCUCGCUGGCUUGUCACAUCGUCUACAGCACCAACCUCAGUAACUUUCCCUACAUCAGUCUCGUAAGCAUUCCCUUCUUGUCUAGCGUCGUCCUGGUGCUAGUGGAUCAUUUUAUGUGGUUCCAAUACUUUGCCAACAAGUAUUACAGCUUCAUGAGCAUCGCCAGCUUCUUUGGAAUCUGCGUCUGGCUGGUACCUUUCACUUACUUUAUCUCCCUGAGCGCCAACGAUAACGCCCUCCCAAGUUUCGACCACAACCAGCAGGACAACAAACAAAAGAAGGCAGGAAUCUUGAAGACCCUCUUUGGUGCCAUCCUCAACAAGAAGGAUUCUUCGAUACCCACGCUGGUCGAGACGCCGAAGUACACAGGAUUUGGAAGCAGCUCAUUGGGAUCUUCGACGCACAUGCAUCAGAAUCAGCAUUUGGCGGCACCAACACCUAUGGCAGGAGCACCUUCGUCAAGGCCUUCGUCGCCCUAUGCGUUCAAUCCAGAAAAGAACUACAAUCAGCCCGAUUACAUCUCGCGCCCAAGUAGCAGCAACAGCAAUCACGCCAACUUUGGGACGCCACGUCAACAGACCUAUCAGGGAAACAGCAACACCAACAGCAACAAUAACAGCCCUAUGAACAGCUACACCGGCGGUGGCGGCCAAACAUAUGCGAGUAGCAGUUCUGUGUAUACUCAUUCGGGUUCGACCGUUGGCAAUCGCUUCUGA